GUCGUGUCGAAAUAAUCCAUUGUAUUCAGUUCUGACAGUUUGUUGUAACAAGUCAUAUAAAAAGAAGAGGAAAAAAAAAUAAAUUGUUAUAUUUUCAACAAUACUCUUAAUUUAACUAAUUUUAUUUGUAAUAAUUUUUUGAAUAUUUAUAACAGUAUUAUAUUUUACUAUCAUUUUUUUUUAUUUUAAUAACUAAAAAGAGAAAAUAUGUUUGUGAUAUUUAUACUACUUUUAAUUUUCACAACCUGGACGACUCAAGCAGAAAAAGUGAAUUUCAAGAAACAAAAAAAUUUACAUCAGCCUGGUGAACUUAAUGUAAAUCAAAUAAAUAUUCUUGCACAAUUAUCAAAUUUAACUCAUAUGGAUGAAAUUUUAGAUAAUAUUUGUAUUGAAAGAGUUGUGGGAACACCUAAUCAUGAAGCUGUUAAAGAAUAUAUAUCUAAUUCAAUGUCAAAUCUUGGAUGGUCAGUAGAAAUUGAUACAUUUUAUGACAAUGCACCAAUAAUGGGAAGACUAAAAUUUAGCAAUAUAAUAGCAAAACUUAAUCCACAUGCAACAAGAUAUUUAACAAUAGCUUGUCAUUAUGAUUCAAAAUAUAUGCCAAAUAUAAAAUUUGUUGGAGCCACAGAUAGUGCUGUACCAUGUGCACAAUUAAUUAAUACAGCAAUGGUUAUGAACAGAUAUUUAAAAACUGUGAAAAAUCAAGACGUGAGUCUAAUGUUUAUUUUCUUUGAUGGUGAAGAAGCAUUUGAAAAUUGGGGACCAAGGGAUUCAAUUUAUGGAGCUAGACACCUGGCUAAAAAAUGGAGCCAGACGCCUUGUUUAGAACAUUUAGGCAAUAAUAUUUCAGAACUCGAUAAAAUAGAUCUACUAGUUUUAUUGGAUUUAAUAGGGGAUCCAAAUUCAAAAUUUUGUAACUAUUUUACAAAUAGAGAAAAAUGGUAUAAGUUACUAUUAUCGGCUGAGAAAUAUUUAGCUGAUAUGAAAUUGUUUGAAAACUAUUUUUAUGGACGCCAAAAGUAUUUUGAAGAACAUUCCACACCAUCUUAUAUCGAGGAUGAUCAUAUACCAUUUCAGAAAAAAAAUGUACCAGUACUACACAUCAUACCAUAUCAAUUUCCAAUUACCUGGCACACUGAAGACGACAAUAGAGAAAAUAUUGAUUUAGAAACAACUGAAAAUAUCAAUAAAAUUCUUCGAAUAUUUAUUGCCUCAUAUCUACAUAUUCAGGUUUAAAUAUUCACCUAUAGAUUUAUUUUUUAUAUUGAGAAUGCGUCUCUAAAAAAUAAUCUUCAAAAACUACUAAAAAUAUUCAAACGAAAUUUUUUUAACUAAAGGGAUUAAUUUUUUUUUGUAAAGCUACUUUAAUUUUAGAAUAAUGAAAUCGCCUGUAUAGUUUUUCUAUUACCAAAAAAACCAAUGUGUAAAUAAUUUUUAAAGAGCAAUAUAUUUUCAAUUGUAUUAGAUAUAUAAAUAAUAAUUAUAAAAAAUGUGAAAAUAAACGUUAUUUUUUUUGUAAAUAUAUGAAAAUGUAAAAUUUCUAUUACAAUAGACUUGUAAAUAAAAACUUAAAAUAUA